GUAAAAACUAUACGCAGAAAUUGAUCCAAAAGCUUGCAAAGAGCGUAUUAGUAGCAUGGAAUAAACCCAUAGAUUAUUACGCUGCAGUUUGGCCUAUUGGAGUGCACAGAAGAUGUUGAGUGGGUCAACUUGACUCAUAUUAGCGAUGGCGCGGAGUGCGCUCACGGGUGUGUUGCUCGCGACGCUAAUGCUCACGAGCACCGCGAGCAGGCAACAGAAGCCUUACAAAUUUCCAGAUGGUCUGGAGCUGAAGGAAGCGGAGGCGUGUGUGGACGAGCCGCUGCUGCUGGCAUGUAUGAGUGACCAGGAGGUGGUGGUGGUAUCAGCCUAUCUGUACGGCGAGGUCAUGUCACGAGAUAAACCUUGCUCCAUUCCAUCAUACAACAGGCAGCACAUGAAGGGGCCUGUACUGCACUACCUCAACCAUAAGUAUGAUAUUCAUUAUUUAUUAGGUCAACACGGAGUAAAGUGAAUGGGUGUAAUUGUCCAAGUAGUGACGCACUUUUUUGUUCGCAACACG